AUGAAUGCUAACCCUAAAGAUGCAUUCUCUGUUUCCUUAUCGAAAUUUCAUCGAAAAAGUGUUCAUUCUCAAAUGGCAAACACAAGCGGAUCAAACUAACUUAGCGAUGUUCCUAAUACUCCGCUUCCAGAGUUAAAGGUUAGAGGAUUGCAGAGUGCAAAAAUUAAAGCAUCCCCGAAAAGAUCUCCACAUGUUUUAAAAUUUUAUGUACAUGACGCAUAGUGUAUACUCAAUGAUCCUAUAAAAAAAGCUAAUAGAAGAUAUGAAAACUAAUCUGAGUAUGUAUUUGUGGACACUUACUUAGAUGCUUUACAUAUGAUUGCUUAAGAAGAGAAGAAGAACAAAUACGCCAAUGGACAAACCAUAUAGUCUGAGGAAUUUUCAGAACAAUAAAUUUCAAUAAAUCCUUAACCUACUUUGCCCAAUCUGCCAGCUUAAUUGAUAAGAGAAAGAAUGAGGGUUUACGCAUAAAGUUAACAAAAAGAACCUUAAUCUAAAUCUCAAUUAGCAUAGAGGUAACCCAAAAAUGUUAUCAAAACUGCAACAAGUCUAAUGACCUAAAAGAUUUUUCCAAACAAACUUACCGUAUCAUUAUCAGUUCAUUAAGCUAUUCCUGCUAUUAAAAAUAAAGUCAGCGCUAAAAGAUGGGUCAUGUUCACGAAAUAGAAGAAUGAAAAAUUUUUUAAUAAAUAAGUUGGCUGGCAAGAAUUUUAAAAAGGGGAAGUAGCCAGUAUCACAAAAAUAAUGACCUGUUAUACUACAUUAACAUACUUAAAAGAAUGCAACAUUGAGCCUGAAUAAAUCAAAAUCAAAAUCCCAGGCCAUGCUGAAUGCAUUGAUGGUACUAGUGCCUUUUUAAAUGCAGGAGGCAUAUUAACAAUUAAGCAAUUGCUAUUCGCUCUUAUGUUACCUUCUGGAAAUGAUGCCGCACUUGUAUUGGGUUUCACUAUAGCAUAUUUGAUGAUAUUGCAAAAAACAGAGAUUUAUUAAUAUAAUAGGUAUUUGAAAGGUGCGAUUAUCGACAUAGAACCACAAAUUGAAAGAAACAAGAAGUUACUUAAACAUACAUUCCUCGAUCAAAUGAAUAAACACGCAAAUUCAAUUAAAAUGGAAAACACAAAUUACUCAUCAGUUCAUGGUUUGAAUGAUGAAAAGAAUGUAUCCUGUCCUCAUGAUAUAAGUAAAUUAAUUGAAAAAUGCAUAUAAUUGGAAGUAUUCCUAGAAAUCAUAACAACAAAAAUAUUUAAGACUCAUGCCUUAACUGAUAAAGGGAGCAAGUCAACAUUUUACAAAUGGAAAAAUACAAACAAACUACUUAAAAAGUCAGGCUGGAUGGGCGUAAAGACAGGUGUGACUCCUAAUGCAGGGCCAUGCUUCACAGGAUAUUAUAAAAAUGAGAAUCUAGAAGCGAUAAUUGUUGUUUUAAAUUGUUCUUCGAUGAACUAAAGAUUUAGGGAUGCAGAAGUAUUACUUGUUUCAGCAUUAAAAUGA